UCUACGAAUCGACUAACACAAAUGGGUACUGUAAUCGGCGCAGGCGCGUCAGAGGUGAGGGUCCUCCCCAUCGCGCUCAGCUUCAGAUUUCCUCGCUUGAGGUCCAUUAGAAUCCCUUUCUCUAUGGAAGCCGCCGGAGAGAAAUCCCUACUCCCUAACCUCUCUUGCUGUGCGACUAAUGGCAGCCCGCAUCCUAUCGAAAGCCCAAUGCUUGGCGCUACCGGAUUUCGUCAGGAACCGGAAGCGGUCGCCGUUGGGAGUUUGGAGAUAACUCUAGCGAGAGAUGGAGAUGAUGCUGAGAGGCCCGUGAGGCAUUUAGUGGUUGUGUCUUUAUAUAAGUUUGCGAUUUUUGCGAACUACAAGGAGAUGCGCAGACCACUGAAAGAUCUCUGCGAAGAACUGCGUAUUUCAGGAGGUAUCAUUCUAGCACCAGAGGGAAUAAAUGGUAGCAUAUGUGGGACGCAAGAAUCAGUAGAGAAAGUUCUUGAAUUUAUCCAAUCUCAUGAAAGUCUAAGGGGCCUAAGAAUAGUUGAAUCGCCUGUUAGCCUUGAAGAAGAGGCCAUUCAUCAUGGACACACCAGCCAUUCUCCUCUUGGAGCAGGUGAAGAAGCCCCUUUUCGCUGGGAUCAUGUUCGCGUUAAACUGAAGAAAGAGAUUGUGACUUUUGGGGAUGCAAGCGUGAUGCCUACUGAAAGAGUUGGAAAAUACGUUCGUCCAAGCGACUGGAAUGCUCUGAUUAGUGAUCCUAAUAUCGUGUUAAUCGAUGUACGCAACAUGUACGAGACCCGCAUAGGGAAGUUCAAAGGCGCUGUCGAUCCAUGUACCACCUCAUUUCGAGAGUUCCCAGCCUGGGUGAACGAGAAGUUUCAGGCCAAUGGGUCGAGAACUCGGCAGCCGGACAUGGAAAACAAUAGACUAUUAGAACCUCCAAAGCCGCCUCGCAUUGCAAUGUACUGCACCGGUGGAAUCAGAUGUGAGAAGGCUUCAAGUUUUCUGCUCAGCGAAGGUUUUGAAGAGGUUUAUCAUUUGGAGGGUGGGAUUCUGAAGUAUCUUGAAGAUGUGCCAGAAUCAGAGAGCCUGUGGGAGGGUGAGUGCUUUGUUUUCGAUAAAAGAGUAUCUGUUGAGCAUGGGUUGGAACAAGGGAGCUUCAAGCUAUGCUAUGGCUGCAAACAACCUGUGAGUGAUGCCGACAUGGAAUCUCCGAAGUGGGAGUUUGGUGUUUCAUGUCCUUACUGUUUCUUCACCAAAUCAGACGAAGAGAAAGAGAGAGCGAGAGCGAGACAAAGGCAGUUCGAAACGUGGGGACUUAUUGGCGGACCUGAUAAGGGUCGCAGGAAUCCAACGAAUCCCAGCUGAGUAAUAAAAAGGAAUCAUGGGUCAGCAUCAUCAUCAUCAUCAUAAUGACCAUGAUAGCCCAUAUGAUGAUCCUUUCUUGGAAUGCUUGUGCUGCUCCUGCUUUCCCUUUUUCUCUAUCCUUAGAGGCAUUGGAAGGGGUAUGUAUGAGGCCUGCUUCCCCGUCUUGAGAUGUUUUGGCCUCGAAAAUUAUGGGCUCCACCACCAUCAUCAUCACCAUUUCCAUUGACUUUGUGAACCUACGGCCAUUGGCCUUACAUUUUAUUU